AAGAGUUGUAUGGGCCCUUGGGUUGAUUGACGGUCGCGUUAGGCAUAGAGAGAUUGCAGCAGAUAUGGGCCUAUAUUGUAGCAAACGUCAUGCAAAUUCCGAUCAUCUCGAGGAGAUCACACUAGCCUAACCAUAAAACACCAUAUUUGGUCAAUCCACCAAGGUCAUAUGGAAGUUGAAUGUAGAAUAGAAUUAUAGCACUAUAAUAAACCUGAACUUGCUCACAAUGCAGCCAUCUAUUUUAGAUAUACAUAUAUAUAAAUAUACAGUAGUUACAUGUUUAUAGCUGUAGGGCAGGCCUAGCUGGUUGCCUUUUUUAAUGCAAAUUACCCACGGACUGUCCAAUAGGGCAUGCACAAUUACACAAUGCACUGUAUAGAUAAAUACCCGGUGUUGGCGCGAAAUUUGUCUCCUGAUAUUUUAUGCAUGAAUUGGAAAUACAGAAAAGUGAAUGGAGUGCAAAGCAGGCAGACAAGCAGGCAGCUCAGCUCGCGCGUGUCUCGAGAGCUAUGUGGGUCCGGUUGCAUGAUGUAACGUCGACAAAGCAGUUAGUAACUGCUCUCACAAACUAAUAGCCCGUGUAGCACUACCCAGUCCUUUGUUCCUCAUUGUUAAAAAAUGAAUAUGAGGUUUUCCCUCAUUCUCCUGCGCAUGCAGCCUGCUCUCAUAGACUAGACGUAAUAUAGUAAAUUAAAAUCUGGGAAACUGAAAUUAGUAACAAAUGUUACGUUUGGUAUGGUUACAUAAGACAGAUGGUUACUUAUGUCAAAACCUACAGUAGGGGGGUUGGUAGGGCGUGUAACGCAAAUGUCUAGCCAUCCAAAGGUUGCGAGUUUGAAUCUCAUCAGUGACAAAUUUAGCAUUUUAGCCCUCGGGGCUCCCGAGUGGUGCAGCAGUGUAAGGCACUGCAUCUCAGUGCUAGAGGCAACAGUACAGAUGCUGGUUCGAUUUCAGGCAGUAUCACAACUGGCUGUGAUUGGGAGUCCCAUAGGGUGCACGCACAAUUGGUCCAGUGUCGUCCGGGUUAGGGUUUGGUCGGAGUAGGCCGUCAUUGUAAAAAUGAAUUUGUUCAUAACUGGCUUGCCUAGUUAACCUCACUACUACUUUACAAAACAACAGAAAUCCCAUUAUAUAAAUUCCUCAAACAUACAAGUACUUUACACCAUUUUAAAGAUACACUUGUUGUAAAUCCAGCCACAGUGUCCGAUUUCAAAAAGGCUUUACGACGAAAGCACACCGAACGAUUAUGUUAGGUCAGAGCCAACUCACAGAAAAACACAGCCAUUUUUCCAGCCAAAGAGAGGAGUCACAAAAAGCAGAAAUGGAGAUAAAAUUAAUCACUAACCUUUGAUGAUCUUCAUCAGAUGACACUCAUAGGACUUCAUGUUACACAAUACAUGUAUGUUUUGCUCGGUAAAGUUCAUAUUUAUAUCCAAAAAUCUGAGUUUACAUUGGUGCGUUAUGUUCAGUAGUUCCAAAACAUCCGGUGAUUUUGCAGAGAGCCACAUCAAAAUAAUAAACAUUGCUAAAAGAUACAACUGUUAAGCAUGGAAUUUUAGAUCCACUUCUCCUUAAUGCAACCGCUGUGUCAGAUUUCAAAAAACUUUACGGAAUAAGCACACCAUGCAAUAAGUGCUCAGAGCCCAAACAACCCAAACAUAUAUCCGCCAUGUUGUGUAGUCAACAGAUGUCAGAAAUAGCAUUAUAAAUAUUCUCUUACCUUUGAUGAUCUCCAUCAGAAUGCACUCCCAGGAAUUCCAGUUCCACAAUAAAUAUUUGUUCUGUUCGAUAAUGUCCAUCAUUUAUGUCCAAAUACCUCCUUUUUGUUAGCGCGUUUAGCCCAGUAAUCAAAAUUCAUGAGGCGCGAUCACUAGGUGCAGACGAAAAGUCAAAAAUUCCGUUACAGUCCUUAGAAACAUGUCAAACGAUGUAUAGAAUCAAUCUUUAGGAUGUUUUUAACAUAAAUCUUUAAUAAUGUUCCAACCGGAGAAUUCCUUUGUCUUCAGAAAUGCAAUGGAACGCAAGCUAACUAUCACGUGAACGCGCCUAGUCAGCUCGUGGCUCUCUGGCAGACCUCUGACUCAAUCCCCUCUCAUUCACCCCCACUUUACAGUAGAAGCAUCAAACAAGGUUCUACAGACUGUUGACAUCUAGUGGAAGCCUUAGGAAGUGCAAUAUGACCCUAUAGACACUGUGUAUUCGAUAGGCAAAGAGUUGAAAACUACAAACCUCAGAUUUCCCACUUCCUGGUUGGAUUUUUUCUCAGGUUUAUGCCUGCCAUAUGAGUUCUGUUACACUCACAGACAUCAUUCAAAUGGUUUUAUAAACUUCAGAUUGUUUUCUAUACAAAUCUACUAAUUAUAUGCAUAUUCAAGCUUUUAUGGCUGAGUAGCAGGCAGUUUAAUUUGGGCACGCUUUUCAUCCAAAAUUCCCAAUGCUGCCCCCUACCCUAGAGAAGUUAAAUCAAGGUUAAAUAAAUACAAAAUUAAAUAAUUAGCAACUACUUACUACUUUGCAACUACUUAGCAUGUAGCUAACCCUAACCUUAACCCUGUUAGCUAACCCUAAUGCUAAUGUUAGCCACCUAGCUAGAAUUUGUAACAUAUCAUGAGUUUAGCAAAUGCUUAACAUAUUGUACGUUUUGCAAAUUCGUAGCAUAUAAUACGAAUUGUAAUUCAUAACAUAGCAUAGAAAAUGGUAGAUGGACAUCCAGAAAUGAAUACAUACCAUACGAAACAUACAGUACCAUACUAAAAUGGAGACACUUAUUUACUUACAUAAUAAUACGAAAUGCUCUGAGACCAGGUUGGCACAUAGUACAGAGCUCCGCUUUUCUUUACUACCAAAAUGACCCACCAUUUCCCACGGUAAAUGGGUGUAUACUAUAAUCAUGUUUCAGUUUUUCUAGUGCAAUAUGAAUAUAAUAUAUAUGAAUGUAGUUAAAUCUCCAACUUGUUGUUGUUUUUCUCAUAGGACACACAUCACCAGAGGUUCUGAAAGAUCCGAUAUGUGGUCGACUUGUCGGAUAGGACUUCAAUUUGUGCAUAGGGCAACCCUUUGGCCUUUGUUUCCACCUCUGUACAGUACAUUAUUGACUUAACUGUAAAUCGACAUGAAUGUAAAUACCCUUACGGUAACUCUUCACAUGAAAUUCCACUGUUUCCACCACUGUAAAGUACAUUAUUGACUUAACUGUAUAUUAGGAUUAUUGGCGCAUUGGAUACAUGUACCCUUUGGUACAUUCAAAUGAUUAACCCUAAACAAGGUCAUCAACCUGACCUGAUUAAUAGGAAAAAUAGUUUGUCUAAAAGCACACAGGCCCCAUCGGAGCACAGUCCUAGAAUGAUAAGUAUGGCCUUUGGCACUGUAACUGCCACCGCCAGCGAGCUAUAUUUAUACAUCUGACCUCCAUUUUUACUGAAUGUUGCCAAGCAACAUCAAAGAUCAAUUUGUAAUCUCAGAAUUGACAGUUUACUGCCUAGGCGUAUUAGUAGAACCCAGCUACAAUUCUAGACCUUGAGAAGCACACACACACUGCGGGGUGAGCCAGAGCCUGCUGUUUUCUACCCAUUUAUCGACUUGGAGUCGAGAGGCUCGUUCACCUGGGCCUGCACUUGCUGAAAGUCAAGGUGGAGCACUGAGGUAGAGGGGUUACUAUGGAAACCGGGGGAGCCUGUAGCAUAUGCAAGGAAGGCGACAGCGCCAAUGUUGCCAAAAUGUUCACGUUCAGGUAUAAAUGUAUGCAUGCAGAAUAUGGAAUGGUUACCCUGUAGUUCUAUGUGUCUACCUUUCUAUCUGCAGCAGCAAACUAAAUGUUGCACUCCAUGGAAAGAACCUUGGUCUGAAGGUUCUGGAGCCCUGGGGGCGUAGGCAUAUUCAUUAAGGUGUUUGAGAUAGGCCGUUACCAGGAGUCCCUGGCAGCCUACUUCGCCCUGGGCAGACAUGAGCACAUCAACCAGGUGGUGGAGAUCCUGCUGGGGGAGCAGCGGGCCUACGUCUUCUUCGAGAGGAGCCACGGAGACAUGCACUCCUUCGUCCGCACUUGCAAGAAGCUACGCGAGGACGAGGCCGCCAGACUCUUCCGUCAGAUAGCCUCGGCUGUGGCGCAUUGCCAUGACAACGGCGUGGUCCUCCGGGACCUCAAGCUGAGGAAGUUUGUCUUCCGGAACGAGGACAGGAGCCUUGUGAAGCUGGAGAGCCUAGAAGACACCUACAUCCUGGAGGGCCAUGACGACUCUCUGUCAGACAAACAUGGCUGCCCCGCCUACGUCAGCCCCGAGAUCCUCAACGCCAGCGGCAGCUACUCGGGCAAGGCGGCCGAUGUCUGGUCCCUGGGCGUCAUGCUCUACACCAUCCUGGUGGGCCGCUACCCCUUCCACGACGUAGAACCCGGCUCCCUGUUCAGUAAGAUCCGCCGGGGCCACUUCAGCAUCCCAGAGACCCUGACGCCCAAGGCCAAGUGUCUGAUCCGGAGUAUCCUCCGCCGGGAGCCUGCAGAGCGUCUCACGUCCCGGGAGAUCCUGGAGCACCCCUGGUUCUUAUCCUCCGGGGCAGCAGGUGGCGCUGUGGUCCAGGGGAGAGGGGAGAGGGAGCAGGAGCAGACUGUGCCCGAGGUGAACAUGGAGGAGGAGCUGGAUCAGUUCUUCAGCUGAGCAGACGGGAAACAGGAAGCACAAAGGGAGGACUACCCCACAACGCGGAACAAAUGCGACACGCUCGGAAAGAGCCUAACGGUAGAUUAGUUGUUUAGCAGGUGAAACAUUGUCACUCACAGAAAAGGUGUUUCCAUCUUUUUUUCUUUCCAUUCCAUGGAAAACCAACCUCGAGGCGGAGCCGGGUGGUGAAUGGCUCACAAACAUCACGGUGGCGGGGCUUCUGUUAAGAGGAGUUGCCGCCACUAGACAUGCAAGUCGCAAACAAUGUAGCAAACAUAAUCUUUUAUUUCUUUUCGUAGUGCUUUUAAGAGUAGAUACAUACGACAUGUUGUGACGCUACAGCAAGCACGAAGGGACACAAGACCUCAGCCAAGGAGAACAAGACACAUGUCAGUCAGUCAAACUGCUACUACACUCCUCUGAGUUUUCACACGACCAGGUAUAAAUUGCCCACUAACCACAGAUCUAAGGUCAGAUAACCCAACCCUCAGUCCUAAACCAUUAUUAGGAGGAUUAAAACAAUAUCUGACCCUGGACCAGUGAUUAGGGCCAACUUCUACCUACUCCGUUCGAACAAUCAUCAAGACAGAUGACCUCAUUUUUGGUUGCUCACUCAUUGUUUGUCUCUCAUUACCUAACAUGACCUUUGAUCCUAGGUUAUAAAGCUCUUACUGACAUAGAAGACGGAUAGUCGCUCAAUUAUUGUACGUACCCGUCUUCAGAAACCUGUGUGCUUCAUCAUCUUUUUCUGUGUAGCCUUAUUCCUCUUCCCCACUUAUUGUGUGCAUUUCUUUAAUAAAACGUAUGUUCCACCACCAUUCACUUAUCAUUAAUUAAUAAGGUUUUAAGUCUGUUAUCACCUUGUUGUAUUAAGCUAUCUUAUUCAGUUGUUACUGCUGCUUUGAUAUCUUCUCCUUAACCUUCAUUUGUAACCUCUCUCUCGUUAAGCCUUCACCAGUUGCAUAAUGCACUUGAUUUGUUUAGGCUCAGUGAACGAUCGUUUUCACCUCUCUAGAUGCGCUUUCUCUAUUUAAGUUUAGCUUUUCAUUUGUAGGAACGGAAAACGUUACGUUUUAUUUAAAUUGUAACAUCAACUAUAUAAAUAUAAAUAUAUAUAUAUUUAAAAAAACAUUGCAGGGUUUUUCGUUUCUUUUUCAGAGAUUCCUUUUUACAUGUAUGUAUUGUAGGCAAUAUUUUGGACACAGGACAGGUGCGAUGGGAAAAAGGCUGUCCGAAGUUUUUAGAAAAAACAAUUCAACUUUUGUGCCAGUAUUUCUGUGCCCCCACCACCCAUGCCGACUUCAGUCACCCUUAAUAUAUUUUAUUUUGAACUUGAAACCAAUUAUUAAAAGAUACUAUCACAGUAACAUGUUCUGCAGUAGCCCAUGUUGAUUUUCUUCUGCCUGCGUAGGUCCUGUGAAACUGUCCUGUUCUGAAUGGGUAUCAGUGGACAUGUUUUGUCGUAUCUCAAUGUUACUUGAAUUUGUGUUUUUAUUAAUAACUAGUCCUCGGCAUGUGCCCUAUGAAUGCUAUCGCCUGCCUAGCAGGGUGAAACAAAACUAGCUUGUUUUUAUAAAAGUAAAAACACAAGUGAACAUUUUAUCAGAAAUUUGCUAUUUUGAGUCGCUUUUAAAACUGACUAUUGCUUUUACUUUGUUUCGUAGAAUGAGCUGCCCAUAUUUGCGUUUAGUGCGGAUUUGGUGCUAAUGUUCAAGGAGUCUUUUUGUUUUGGAGGGGAGUGGUGCAUGGUGGGAAUUCUGCCUCGGAUGUUCUGAUUGUAAAAUGUAACAGAUUUUUGGUGUUUUGUCCAAAUUUAUUCAGUAAAUAAAUUGUGAACUGCA